ACCACUUGUUCAGACUCCCAACUACAAAAAAUGUUGUGAACUAGUAAUUCACUAUAGAUGAACAACCCUUCCUAUAUUUUAAUCAUCUUCAUCCAUCAAAAACCUGCAAAACCAAAAAUAGGUUCUUACAUUUUCCGAUUGAUCAGUUCUGCAGUCAUUCUCCUGAUACACGUGAAUAAUGACAAAGUCAUUGCUCAACCCACAUAUGAACGUCAGUACUACUGUCAAGGAGAUAACUACACAAAUCCCAGCCAAUUUCAGGUUAACCUAAACAAAGUUCUCUCGUCUCUCUCCUCUAACAUCACAACAACCAAUAGAAAGUUUUUCUACAGCAGCAUAGGCGAAAACAUGGAUAAAGUUUAUGGUAUCUUACUAUGUAGAGGAGAUAUUACAAGACAAGAAACCUGCAAGAGUUGUGUGGAGAUUGCAAUUUCAGAGUUGGCCGUACGUUGUCCAAACACGAAAGAGUAUGUUACCUGGUACACUCACUGUAUGUUAAGAUACUCGGACAAAAAUAUAUUCUAUGUUAUGGAGACAGAGCCAGAACUGACUUUCAACAGCGAAAGUAAUCUCACCAACCAGAUGGAAUUUAAGGAUAUAGUAAUACAGUUGAUGCAAGGUCUAGUGAGAAACGCUACUACAAAUGCUAACCACGAUGGGACUUUAUUUUUUGCCACUGGUUCUUCAACAGAUACAGUUUAUGGCUUGGUACAAUGUACUACAGAUAUAUCUACAACCGACUGCAGCGAUUGUCUAAUGGGUGCAGUUAGUGAUAUCGAUCUUUGUCAUUAUGGGAAGAGAAGCGGGUUAGUUCUUAGACCUAGUUGUAAUAUAAGGUAUGAUUCGUAUCCUUUCUAUGAAUCCAAACAAGCAACUAAUUCAGGGUCCCCUCCCUCAAGUCCUCCUCCUCCAAAACCAGAUAUGACUACAACCACAGAAGAUACUAGAAAAGACAAUAAGUCCCCCAACAAUACAGUUCUUAUUGUGGCCAUUUCUAUAGUUAUUGCACUUGUAAUCAUCUCUGCGGUAUUAGUAUACUUAUAUCUAAAGAAGAAGAAAGCGUCCAUCACGAUUGAUGAUGAUAUGGAUGACAUUACAAGGAUAGAGUCACUGCGGUUUGACUUGGACGCAAUAAAAGCUGCUACUGGAAAUUUCUCUAAUGCUAAUAAGCUUGGGAGAGGAGGAUUUGGUUUUGUUUACAAGGGUAUGUUAUCCAAUGGACAAGAAAUAGCUGUAAAGAGGCUAUCUAUUAACUCUGGACAGGGUAGAAAAGAAUUUAAGACUGAGGUUGGUUUACUGGUCAAGCUUCAACACCGGAAUCUUGUUAAACUCCUAGGGUUCUGCUUGGAGGAAGAAGAAAAGCUACUUAUCUAUGAGUUUGUGCCCAAUGGAAGCCUUGAUCAUCAUAUAUUUGACCCCGUGAAAGCAACAAAUUUGAAUUGGGAAACACGUUACAAAAUUAUCGGAGGGAUCGCUAAAGGCCUACUCUAUCUUCAUGAAGAUUCUCGACUAAGAAUUAUUCAUAGAGAUCUCAAAGCUGCUAAUGUGUUGUUAGAUGAAGAGAAUAACGCCAAAAUAUCAGAUUUUGGUAUGGCAAAGCUGUUUGAAUUGGACCAAACUCAAGGAAACAGCAGUAAGGCUGUGGGAACAUACGGAUACAUAGCACCAGAAUAUGCAUUGCAUGGGCAGUUCUCAACAAAAUCAGAUGUAUAUAGUUUUGGUGUCUUACUACUCGAGAUAGUAACUGGCAAAAGGAUUAAUCAGUUCUAUGAAUCAGACAGCUCUGAGUACCUUCUAACCUAUGUAUGGAGACAUUGGGAAGCAGGAACAGCUUUAAAAUUAGUGGACCAAACAUUAAGAGAGAACUACUCAGAAAAUGAAGUUAAGAAGUGCAUACAGGUUGGGUUGUUACCCGUUCAAGAUGUAACCGAGAGACCAACCAUGGCGAAGGUUGCUCAAAUGCUCGCGAAUGAUGCUACCAUCCCCCAUUCGUUGCCCCGACCUGCAGUGUUUAGUCAUGGCAGCAUAGAAUUAAAAAGGAUUCCAGAGAGUGGCGCAUCAUCAAGUGCAACUAAAUCAGAUAGGUCUUCGCAAUUUACUGAUCAUAGCAUCAUAUAACCGCCCGUUAGUUAAUUCCAUCCAAAUUAGUGAUCCAUCCGAUCCCAGCUGCAGAUUGUUUAAUCGUAUAUGGUAAUUUUGAAAAUUAGAAAAUCUAGAUUGUAAUCUUUUUUUUUUUUUUUUAAUACUCCUACAUAUAGUGCUUGAGUUCUAAAGACAAUAAAAAAUAUUUUGCCUUGGUUUACUAGGCAACGU